UUUAAAGGAGAUAUAUAUUUAAAAGUGAUGAAUAUUUUCUAGUAUCUAAGGGGAAAAUGGCUUGAAAACUUUUUUAAAGGCAUAAUGGCAAUCAGAAAAUACAUGUGUUCCUUGGCAGAAAUUCAUUUUAAUGUAUUUUUUUUCAUGGCUGUGAAGUUCACAAAACGUGUUCAACUAAAAGUAUCAAGGUAAAAUCAUGUUGUCGGGGAAAAUGUAUAAUAUAGGAAAAAAAUCCUCAUUUAAUGUUAUAAGAAAGACUUCUAAAAACUAUAUAUGUAGCAUACUGCCAUAUUUGUGAUAUAUAUGACACGCAAAUGAAUAGGAAAAAAGACUGAAAGUGUGAAAUUACAUCAAAAUUAAAAGUUAUAAAAAUAAAAAUUCUGGACAGAAGUAUAUUAAAAUGUUAGUCAUGGAGUAAUGAUUAUUUCCAGACAGCAGGAAGGUAGGUGAUUUUUAUUUCUUUUCUUUUCUGUAUGGCCCAGAUUUCCACCUUGAACACGUGCUACUUUCAUAGUUAGAAAAGAAAUAAGUAUUUUAAAUGACAUGUCAAAGGAGAGUGACAUCCCAAGAAACCCUGGGAUAUGGCCAGCCCUCUGCUUUGAAAAUCUCUGCUGGGAGCACUGCCAGCUGAGGCGUGGGGCUGAACAGUUCCUCUCCUCCCCCUUCUAGAUACCACCGUUGGAGUGUUCCAUCUACGCUCCCCACUCGGCCAGUACAAGCUGACCUAUGACAAAGCCAGAGAGGCCUGUGCCCAGGAAGCUGCAACCAUGGCAACCUACAACCAGCUCUCCUAUGCCCAGAAGGCCAAGUACCACCUCUGCUCAGCAGGUUGGCUAGACAGUGGGCGAGUAGCCUACCCCACCUCCUAUGCCUCCCAGAACUGCGGCUCUGGGGUCGUCGGGAUAGUGGACUACGGGCCAAGAAACAAUAAGAGCGAGAUGUGGGAUGUCUUCUGUUACCGGAUGAAAGAUGUGAACUGCACCUGCAAGGUGGGCUACGUGGGAGAUGGCUUCUCGUGCAGUGGAAAUCUGCUGCAGGUCCUAAUGUCCUUCCCCUCGCUCACAAACUUCCUGAAGGAAGUGCUGGCGUAUUCCAACAGCUCAGCCAGAGGCCGGGCAUUCCUGAAACACCUGACUGACCUGUCAAUCCGAAGCACCCUCUUUGUGCCCCAGAACAGUGGGCUCUGGGAGAAUGAGACCCUGUCUG